AUGCAGAUCUUCGUGAACACCGACCGCACUCAUGUGCUGGAGCUUGGCUCCGGCGCGACGGUCGCCGACGUGAAGGCCGCCAUCGAGGCGCGCCAGGGAGUGUGCGCUGCGGAGCAGCGCGUGCUGUUCGGCGGGCACCAGCUGGAGGAUGGGACCGUCCUGUCCGAGGCUGGCGUCAGCGACGACUCCCAGAUGUACGUCUCCCUGCGCCUGCUGGGUGGUGCCAAGAAGAGGAAGAAGAAGACCUACACCAAGCCCAAGAAGCAGAAGCACAAGCACAAGAAGAUCAAGCUGAGGGUGCUCAAGUUCUACAAGGUCUCGGAUUCCGGUAAGGUGGAGCGUCUGCGCAAGGUGUGCCCCACCUGCGGCCCAGGCAUCUUCAUGGCCACCCACUUCAACCGCGUGUACUGCGGCAAGUGCCACCUCACCUACGUCUACAACAAGGACGAGGAGACCGCUUGA